ACCAAGAUGGCAGCCCGCAUGAAAGCAGCUUACAAUUUUGUAACGUUGUUUGCGCAAAGAUUAACUGUAUCAUCUUUUGGGAGCAGCAGUGGAGCAUGUUGUCAUUCUCAUCUGAAUUCAGCACACAUCAGUGUAAUCCAAAAACGUUAUAAUAGCUUUUUUAACACAUUCACAUCAGAUCAGUUAUGGAAAAGUAUGACAGCAUUGACAGGAAAAGCUCACAAGAAAGCACGAGGUAAACGUCCUCAAAGACGAAGGAAGAAGGAUUUGAAUAAAGGGCAGAUUAUAGGGGAAGGUCAAGCUGGAAUUGGUUGGCCAGGUCUAAAUGCUCCAGUCAUUAAGAACAAUGUCGUCCAGGUCAUUCAUAAAAAGGAGGCUGAUCCAGAAAGAGAAGAAAUGUUGCGGAAAGUUCGGGAGGAUUGGGAUAAAAGAAAAAAGAGGGUGACUGCCCCAGAAGACAUGGGUUGGACCUCAAAAAGCUGGGGAGGACGAAGUCUAGGGCCACCAGAUCCUAUUCCUGGAGAAAACUUUGAAGGAUUUGACUCCAAAGUGUUGCAUGUCCGACGAGUGUUCAACAUGACAGGUACUGUUGGUAGAAAGAGGAGUAUCUCAGCAUUGGUUGCUGUUGGUAACAAGAAAGGUGCUAUAGGAUAUGCUUAUGGCAAAGCACCUGAUAUCAUGGCAGCCUUAAGGAAAGCAAAGAACAAGGCAGCCAAUCACCUUGUUUAUGUAGAAACUUACAAUGGUGAUACUCUUUUUCAUGAUGUAGAGAGCACAUAUAUGAGAACAAGAAUCCGUAUGAAAGCACAAAAUAAAGGCCAUGGUCUUCGAUGUCAUCGUGUACUGAUUGAGAUCUGCAAGUUAGCUGGCAUAAAGGAUCUGUAUGCAAGGGUGUAUGGGUCAAAAAAUCCAGUUAACAUGGUCCCAGCAUUCUUCAAUGGACUCCUCAAUCAAGAGACACAUCAGCAGAUUGCAGACAGAACCAAAAUGCAUGUUGUAGAGUUCCGCAAGGAAUGUGGGCCACUUCCUAUUGUAGUGGCAUCACCUAAAGAGGGUGCUGCUCAGGAGAGUAUGGAGAAAGAAUGGGAUAAAGAAUUACCGUUAGAAUGGAAGGAAGAGCGACAAAGAAUCAAGGAAAGUCCAUUUGCCAGGGAAGGCAUUCUGACAUUCUGAUGGCUGUUGGUGACCUGUGACCAAUAUGACCUGUGACCUGUAACGUUUAUACUCAACCACAGGCAAUAUAGAUCGCUUAAAUGAGAAAAACUAAACCUAUGGAUAGUACAGUAAUUGAAUCUCAUCAUCUUCAGAUGACUCCCACAGCCUUGCAUCAUAAUUAUUUUUGAGCCCAGAUGAUUAUGUAGAUAUACAAUACAGUAUACAAAACAGUAAUAUGCUUAUCACAUAUGGCAAGUUUCUGUGAAUUUAAUAAAGAUAUCAGAUAUUAA